GCCAUGAUUUCGAGCUGUGAACCGGUUGAGUCUGUCUCCGUGCUGCUGCGAGUGCCUGAUGAUAAUCAUUCACACGCAGACGGACGGACGCUGCCUCAACCACGCCCCGGCAAUCUGCAUCCAAAGGCGGGAAACGCAACGCAAGAGAGACAAGCGUACCACCUCGGCAUCCCCAUAAAAUACGCCCCCCGUCACCUUUGACCCCUCCACCUUUCGCCACCACUCCCCCAGUUUCCCUUCCUUUUAUAAAACAAACCAACAAACAAAAGAUCACCACGCACAGGCCCAGACAUACGACGCCUCCCUCAAGAACCAAGACCGAACGCACGCCGGCCGGCGCGCACCACCACCACCAAGCCCGAGGCCACCGAGGGGAUGGGGAACAGCAUUGGGGCGAAGAGGAAGGGGGCCAAGGUGAUGCAGCUGGACGGGACGUCCUUCCGGGUGAAGACGCCGGCGGCGGCGGCGUCCGACGUGCUGCGCGACCACCCGGGCUUCCAGCUGCUGGAGGCGGAGGAGGUCAAGCUGCUGGGCGCGCGGGCGCGGCCGCUGGCGCCCGACGCGCCGCUGCGCCGGGGACGGCUCUACUUCCUCGUGGCGCUCCCGCGCCGCCCGGCCGCGGGGCCGCCGCGCCGGGCGUGGUCGGGCAACCUCCGCGUCGGCGCGCGCGAGCGGCUCGAGUCGCUCAUGCUCGCCCGCCGCUCCACCUCCGACCUCUCCUCCUUCCAGGGCGUCGCCUCCGCGUCCGCCCCCGCCUCCCCGCUCCCCGGCGGCACCCCCGUGCGGCUCAGGAUGCGCCUCCCCAAGGCGCAGGUGGAGAAGCUGAUGGGGGAGAGCCGGGACGCGGCCGAGGCGGCGGCCAAGAUCAUGGAGCUCUGCGCGGCCGUGGGCGACGGCGGCGCCUGCAGCGCCAAGGUGACGCCCGAGAGGCCGCCCGGCAUCCUGCGCAGCCCGCGGUUCGCCGCCACGCCCGACUGGGGCUCCGGCUUCAUGCUCCCCAACCCCAAGUCGGCCCCCGGCGCGCCGCCCAAGACGCCGCAGAGGUGGCCCACGCUGCCCCGCACCAAGGAGGAGAAGCGAGCGAGGUUCGUCGCGUUGCCGGACGAGCUGAUAGCAUGACCGGUAUUUGCCUUGCCUUGACGGAGACGAGUUAACACAUCCAUCCUGCUGUCACAGCCAUGCCCGGUGAUCAUCAGGCCAGGAGAUAGAGAGUUAUAAACCUAUCUUCAGGCUGUUAGAGACACACUCUUGGCUUGGAUCAUUACUCUCAUACCAACAGAACUGUGGUUUGAAGACGAGAAGCCGCCGAAUGGCUUCCAAUUCACCUUGAUUACUAGCUUCUUUCCGGACCCUCUCUCUUCUCUCUUGUGUUAGCCUUUUUUCCUGUGGUGGUUUAUUAUUAGUCCACCAUGCCAUGUCGUGAAUGCUGUGUCUUUGUGCAACCCAAUUGUCUUAGUCAACUCUGUGUGCAUGCAUGAUUUGGAAGAUGCCAACCUGCUGCGGUUUGCUUCA